CGAUUCGUGACACACGCGUCUUGACCCCGACUUCCGCUUUCACCAUGCUCACUUUCGCACCAACGAAGAUGCUGGCAACAGCAAUAUAUGUUUCUUUAUUAGUGGUCAACUCAAUGGCUGUCCUCAGUGAAGACAGAUUCCUCGCGCGCAUUGGAUGGUCUUCAUCCCAAGCUUCCACCAACCCCACGUUCCAACAGCAGACCUAUGACGCCCAGACCGGAUAUGGUGUUCAGCAGGAGAUUGGAAUGAAGGCGCGAUUAAUUGACUUAAUCAGUGCUGUGAGGACAUUACUGCGCAUUCCCUUAAUUGGUAUGAACAUAAUGAUAAUCGUGUAUGAGAUACUGCUGGGCGGCACUUGAACCACGAUUCCCGUUUGUCCUCAUCAUCUGCAAGGCCACGUUGACAUUGCGGAGAUCCACGUACCACGUUUAAGACUAUCAACGCUCC